UCAAAGCUGCUGUAGCUAAAAACGUAUAAAAAAUUUAAAUGUAUACGAAUUUUAAGACUUAUAAUUCAGACUAAAAGUAAACCGCCAAAUUUUCUUUAUAUUUUUUAAACUUUAAUAUACCAACAUUUUUUACUUAAGGUGGUAGUCAUAACCUGGAUGGAUCUCAAUGCAUCUAAACCAACGAACUUUCGCAAGUUUUUUUCUGAUGACGAAAUUAAUGGGUUUCGAGAAAUUUUUUCAAUGUAUGACAAAGAUAAUAGCGGUACUAUCACUCUCAAUGAAAUUGGCGAAGUCAUGAAAAGUGCAGGUCUAAAUCCAUCUGAUGAAGAAAUAAAACAAAUGAUAUUAGAGAUGGAUUCAAACGAUAGUGGUACUAUCGAGUUUUCGGAAUUCUUAGCAAUAAUAAAAAGUCGAAUUCAAAAUAGCGAGUACAACGGAUUUAAAGAAAUUUUUCUUAAGCAUGAUAUAAAUGAAUCCGGCUUAAUUAACAAAGAAGAAUUGCUUUCGGUGAUCCACACUUAUAACAAAAGAUUCUCAGAAGAUGAUGUAGAAAAUUUAAUUAAAGAAGUGGGUCAUACAAAUAAUUACGUCAAUUACGAAGAUUUUUUGAAGGCAUGGCGUGCUUUAUAAAAAGCAUGAUGGCGUGCUUUAUAAAAAGCGUCGCGUUAAAAGGUGAUUUUUGAUAAUAACAUCAAAGUAAAAUAAUUGUAAAAAUAAAGGAAUAAAAUGUUUUUUUGUU